AUGGCCGACUCUACUACCGUCAUCAGGAAGCGAUAUACAGUGGAUACCAGUCAGUUCGAUUUCGACGACCACUCUUCCAAUUCCAGAAGUGUCCGGACUACGAAUAUCACCCUCAUCGUUCUAGUCGGGAUUUUCGUUAGUUUACGUCUUUUCGUGAGGAUAUGCAUGGUUCGAAAGGUGUUUGUGGAUGACAUUCUAAUAUUAGUGGCAUCGGUACUCACCGUCGCUCUUGCCGCUGUGUGUAUUGCAGCUACUAAUCAUGGAAUGGGAACUCACGUCUGGCUUCUGGAUAUGCCGACCAUGUUGCAAACUAUCAAGAGCGCUGUUCAGUAUCUAUUUAUAUGUCAAGUUCUCUAUGCAUUCGCAGUCGCCUUUACCAAGAUCUCCAUCAUCGCAUCGUAUCUUCGUUUCGUCCAAGAGAAAAGGUUCCGGAUAUCCAUGUUGAUUACAGCUGUAGUGAUCGGUGGCCUUUGGAUUACUGGUGUCUUCGUUACAAUAUUUCAAUGUCGUCCGGUUUCAGCGGCUUGGGACUUCACUAAUCUAAAUGGGAAAUGUGUCAACUAUGUUGACUACCUCUACGCUAGCUCGGCACUUACCGUCGCAACGGACAUUGUUCUGUGCGUUCUCCCAUGGCCGUAUUUUUGGAAGCUUCAGAUGUCGUUGAAGCAACGGAUCAUUCUCUGCUUACUUUUGGGUGGUGGGGCUGGCGCCUGCGUAGCCAGUGUCCUGCGAAUAACUAAACUCGACAUGCUCCGCAAUGCAGAUUUGACGUAUCAAGCGGUCCCAACUUUGAACUUAUCGGUGAUAGAGUGCAGUGUUGGCAUCAUCUGUGUCAGUAUCCCCCCGCUCCGACCUCUUGCCGUUCGCCUCUUCCCGCGAGCGCUGCUCAACAACCAGUUACCAUCUAUCAGGUCGACACCACAGACAGCACGGACAUAUUCUCUAAGUAAACUCUCGGCGAACACAGAUAACAAUUCGGGAAGCCAAACGGAACAUGACGCUGGACCGACAUUCUAUCGAGAACACAGCUCAGAAGCUGAACUAGGGCGGUUCAGAAACAUGGUCGAAGUGUCGGGAGAUUCCCAGAAGGAAUACUGGAAGCUGAAUAGCUGA